CCCAAAUGGAGGAGGACACCAUCAAAUACAUGUUUAAAAAUGCCAUGAAUGAAAAUUGGGAAGAAGUUGUGAGAGUCUGCAAGGACAAUCCAAGGGCCCAAGAGGCCAAGAUCACAAGAUCAGGAGAUACAGCAUUGCAUGUUGCCAUCUAUAGUGGAAGAGAAGCGACAGCGAUAGAGCUGGUCAAUCUCAUCGCCCAUAAAGACCUCGAGAGAAUCCUAGGGAUGAAGAACGAUCAAGGGAACAUUGCACUCCACCUUGCUGCCACCGUUGAGAUGGCGGAGAUGUGUGUGUGUAUGGCCAGAAAAGUCCCCACGCUAGUAAAGUCCCGCAACAACAACGGUGAGACGCCGCUCUUCUUGGCGGUUCUUCAUGGAAAGAAGAAGACAUUCAUUUCCCUUCAUUCCAAGUGCCCCAAUGGUGAUGAUAUUUCACUUUGUAGAAGAACUGAUGGGAAUACCAUUCUACAUUGUGCUAUCAUGGGGGAGUACUUUGAUCUGGCCUUGAGCAUAAUUUACAAGCACCCAUCGCUGAUUAACUCUCACAAUGAGAAAGGACAAUCAGCUCUGCAUCUAAUGGCCAGCCAUCCUUCCUUUUUCAGGAGUGGAAGCCCACUUGGGAUAUUUGAUUUUAUCAUCUACCACUGUACACUGAUUGAUCCAUUUGAAGAAGAGACACUUUUCAACGACACCCAUUCACUCGAUUCUGAUAGAGAUAGCAAAUGCCGAUUACCAGAAAAUUACAUUACUUGCUGGGAUUUCAUCAAUCUUUUGUGGAAGCUGGUUGCCAUCUUCGUUGCCAAGUGCAGGAGAGAAUCCAAGAGUGCCAAGUCCGACGGCACAGAAGCUAAGAAAUCAGUGCAUGGAAUUGGAAGAGAUGUAGAACAGCCUGGCCAUGACAACCACGGAGACUUUCAUUUGGACCCACAGCCUUCAGGUAAAAAUGUUUACAUGGUUCAUCACAUAGAAGGAAUUAUCUUCAUUUUGUAUACGUGGGCAAAUGAUUCAGCUCCGUCUCUAUACCGAGCUGCCACUUGA